AUGUUCGAGAUACCAGGUGCAAAGCGUGUCAAGCGCACAGAAUUCUUCGAGAGGGACAACGAUAACGAACAGCGCACGCAGAUUGAUGGACAAAAGAAGCACAGUGGUGUUGAUGUGGACGAAAUCCUGCCAGACUAUGGCUUCGAUUACGAAUUUAUCGACCAGACCACUACUGCUUCUACGCAACAAGCUGGAACGACCUCAGAAAAAGAGCAGACCUUUCAAUUCAAUUUAUUCCGACCGGCACCUCAAUCAUCUCAGAAGCAAUCUUCAGCACUCACACCAUCAACAGAAACCACAUGCCAGAACACGACAGGAUCAGUCCCGGCCUUGAUCUCGAUCCGCUCGCCAUCUCCAGCAGUAUCUCAGGAAGCUGAGAGAGGGUUAUACCACACGUCACGACCAGACAGCUACUACCUGACAUCAUGUGUACCGCCCGAGAAGCAGCAACGGUUGCGAGAAAGCUACGCCGCGGCCGCGGUCACAGGGAAUUUCAUCCUCGACACACUGAGCACACGAUAUUGGCCUGGAGCUUCCCUGUCUUGGCGCGUGAUACAUUUACCGACAAACAGGAAACAGGUCGUUCUGCAAAAGACACCAUCUCUGACAAAAUUACCGUCAAGCAGCACUGUGAAAGGUACCGCGAUGAUUAACAAUGAAAACCCAAGGACGGGACGAAGGCCGCGCCCAUCAAAGAAACGGCGGAAUCUGCUCAGAGAUAGGGCAGCGAAACGUCAGCGGAUCAUCGAUGAAAGCAAGUCGAAAGAGGAGCAUGAGAAGGAGAAGAGGAACAAAAAGAACAGGGAGCGGAAGUUGAAGCGGAGAGCGAAGGAGCGUAGGGAGAAGGAGGAAAAGAAGGUUGGUGAUACGAGUCAAAUGAGUGAAGAUAGUAGUGAGAAAGGUUGA